ACAGAUACAGCUUGUGACCCAAACCAGAAUGCAGAUGUAGCUGCUAUUGUGAUGCAAGAAGGAUUGGCACAUGUGUGCUUAGUACUGUCCAGUAUGACUAUAGUCAGAGCCAAGAUUGAAAACAACAUCCCAAGAAAACGUAAAGGAAUGUGUUCACAACAUGACAAGGGGUUGCUCAAAUUUUAUGAUUCUUUGAUGCAAGCCAUACUUAGACAUAUUAACUUUGAUGUUGUCAAGUGCAUUCUGGUGGGAAGCCCUGGAUUUGUCAAGGAUCAAUUUUAUGACUACAUGUUCAAUCAAGCUGUGAAAAAUGACAUCAAACUUUUACUGGAGAAUAAAUCUAAAUUUUUGUUGGUCCACGCUUCUUCAGGAUUCAAACAUGCAUUAAAAGAAAUUCUAUCUGACCCAGCUGUAAAUGCACGUCUUACAGAAACUAAAGCUAGCAGUGAAGUGAAAGCCUUAGAAUCAUUUUAUCAAAUGCUGCAAACUGAGCCAGAUAGAGCUUUCUACGGGAUUAAACAUGUUGAGAAAGCUAACGAAGCCAGUGCAAUUGAGACAUUGUUAGUGAGUGACGAACUAUUCAGAUCACAGGAUAUCGCUAAAAGACAAAGAUAUGUAGCGUUAGUAGAGAGUGUCAGAGAUGGUGGUGGAGAGGUUAAAAUUUUUUCAAGUCUUCACGUAUCUGGAGAACAACUGAAUCAGUUGAGUGGUGUGUGUGCUCUUUUACGAUUCCCACUUCCAGAGAUCUCAGAUGAAGAAGGUUCUAGUUCAGAUGAAGAUUAAAUUCAGCUUCUUAGAUUACCAGUAAUGUGUGAUAAACUUUACACUAAUUUAAUUAUUUUGCAUACAUACUGAUGAAAGUAUUGUUACACAUACUUGGCAUGAAAACCAUGUGUCAUGUGCAGGUAAUAGUUUUUGUUGCAUUGCUAUCAAAUCUAUAUCUGAGACAAAAAGAAAAAUUGUAAUCGUUUAUUUUGAUAGAAUGUGCUGCAAUAUCAUUUUAAUAAUUAUAAUACUAUGUUCGCAAGUCAAAAAAAGCUGUGAACAUUUCCUUAUUAGUAUUUUUAAGGAUUGUGCAAUACAGUUUCAUUUUGGAUUCCUUUCAUCAAAUGUAUCACAGUGUAAAACCAUAGAAAAUUCUAUUGUAUUCAGAAGACGUUUGAAAUAUAACUUGAAUGCAGCUUCUACAUCACAAAUUUUUGUAAGUGGAUGCAGAAAAUGAAUUCCAUUAUUUAUAAGAGAAUGUUCUUUUUGUCCCCACUCCCUCAUUGUCCUGAUACAUGUAUAUUUAAAUGUGCUGUAUUGUUUUAAUUUUUUUUUUAAGAGAAGUGAAAGAUUUGUCUAAGCGAAUAUAUUGUAUGAAAUGUCCUCUUCCCUGUAUACACAGACCCUUUGCAACCACUGGUAUAUUGAUGUUUAAAAUAAAACAUCUUCAUAGCCUUAAAAACUA